GAGCGCCUUCGCAUUUGAAGAGCGCUGAUUUGGGUUAUAAGCGUUACUCAGGUUGUAUGUUAGUCAGGUUGUUGAACGGUAGUGAUGCGAGAAAUGAAAUCUGGCUCCAAAAUACAAUAAUUUACACCUCUAGAUACGUACAACGUUUAUUUACCAUGUUGACUUAUCAUCGUCUGUUAAAAACUUCAAGAAAAGAUGCUAGUUCCGGAUUAUGGUUGGGACUUAUCGUCCCUGCUUUAUUACUUAAAACAGAUAAUAAAGCACUCGCUUAUGAAUUUUUUCUAUCUUUAAUUACUGUACUCUUCUUAACGAAGAAUAGUCAUUUUAAACAUGCUGUCAUUCCUAUAUGUAUAUGGCUGAAUUGUCAACAUUUUCACCAUGUUAGUACGGUGAUUCGCCCUUUGUUUACAGUUAUGUUUGUUUUAUUUUUUUCUUACAAAUUACUAAGUCUAUUCCCUUUUUCGUUUACGUUUGGUGAAACUAUACUACUUGCUCAACUUUCUGCAAUAUUUCUUCUUACUGAAUGUAAUUUUGUAGUACCAUUUUUAAUACUCUUUCUAAUUGAACGAUAUUCUAUUAGAUUCUCAGUGAAAAUUGCUUUUUUUGUGUUAAUAACACUUACUAUUUUGACUGGAUGCUUUUGGAUUUACGCUUGUCGUGUAAAGAUAGCUACUAGUUUCAUUAUCAAUCAAAUUGAAUGCUUUAUUGUAUCAACUAAUUUCAUUUUAUUGAUAUUUUGGCUAUGCUUAUUUAUGCUAUGUGUUUAUAUUACUAUUGUUUAUCGUUGUUCUGAUCAUAACAUUUAUCGAAUCAUGAAUAGUAGUACAGUUAAGCCAGAAUUUUGUGAUAGUUCAAUUGUAUUAUCCGAUGAAUUGAGCCUAUCUGACCAAAGUGAAUAUUAUGAAUUAUUUAGCGAAAAUGAAUUAAUUAGAAAUAGUCGUACAACGUGUGAUUUAUUAUAUGAUGACAAAGAAGAAACAUUUCAACUUCGUAAACUAUUUCAUUUUGCUGCUGGUAUUGUAUAUUCAUCUGGUUUGCUCUAUUCACCAUAUCUUCUUUCAUUGAUGUCUGUCGCAUUACUUAUUGUAUUUUGGUGUUUUGAAUGGAUCCGAAGACGAGGGUACUUUGGUUAAUCCAUUUCGUGAUAAACGAGAUUCUGGUGACAUUCUAUUCACACCUAUUGCUCUUUUACUCGGUUUAAGUAUUCCUGUUUGGUGGCCACAAAAUAGAAAUACUAAUGGGAGUAUAAUUAGUAUUGGCAACUUAUGUUACGAAUUGGAUGUGAAGCCGUCAUCAUGGUCAGGAGUUCUAUCAAUAGCUAUAGGCGAUAGUUUUGCUGCAUUAAUUGGACGAGCUUAUGGAAAGCGUCGUUGGCCUGGAUCACAUCGAACAUAUCUAGGAUCUUUUGCUUCAUUCUUUUCUCAAAUUAUUGCAUGGACAAUAAUAUCAUAUUAUUAUUCAUGGUAUUGGUUAACCGGUAUUAUUCCUUUAUUCAUCGGUGUACUUAUUGAAGCAUAUAUUGAUCAAAUUGAUAAUUUAGUUAUACCAUUAGUUGUUAUGCUUAUUUUUCAUAGUUUAUAAUCAUAAUACCAGUUUAAUGAUACAUUUUAUGUACUUAUUUAGAUUUGUUUAUUUUCUACCCUUAUUUCAUGUAUCUUUAUGUACAUAAUAAAUGAAUGUUUUAUUUACUAAUAAUAAAGUCUAUCAUUUGUUCA